AUGUCACAACACAACUCUGAUGGCGUAAAUUUUAUACUUUCGUGACUGUCAUUUUACUCAUUUUUAUAGGCUUACUAACUACUAGACUAGACUGUAGCUAGAAUACGAUCUAGAUAGUGUAGAUAGACCUAGCGCGAGGUCUGAAAGUCACCAAAAUAGUUAUAUAUUAAAUAUUAGGAAUAUUAUUAGGCAAUAUUAUUAUUAGGCCCUAUAGUUAAAGUAGGGUAGACUACAACACUGCUACUCACUCACUAUCUAUAGCCUAUAGAUCUAGAACAGAUUUCUAGAAAAUCUAACUGCAGUACAUUAACCGAAAUGUUGUAAAUAAAAUUGAAAUGACUUCUGUGAAAGUAAUCGUCAGAGUAAGGCCACUAAAUUGUAGAGAAGAUGGACUGUCCAGUCAGAUCAUCAUCCAGAUGGAUGGAAACAAAACACGGAUCAUUAACCCAAAGGCCCCGAGCCAUGCAAGUGAGGGAGAUGGCAGCCAACUGAAGGUCAGAGAGUUCACAUUUGACCACUCCUUCUGGUCAGUGGAUGCCAAUGAUCUUCAUUAUGUCAACCAAGAGCAGGUGUUUUCAAGCAUUGGAGAGGAUGUGGUCCAGUCAGCAUUUGAUGGCUAUAAUGUUUGUAUCUUUGCCUAUGGUCAGACGGGCUCAGGCAAAACCUACACCAUGAUGGGUUCAGAGGAAGAUCCAGGUUUGGUACCCAGAUAUUGCAAUGCCUUGUUUUCCCGCCUUAGAGAUAACCAUUCAGAUUCCUUCCAGAUCUAUGUCAGCUAUCUAGAAAUCUACAAUGAAAAAGUGCGGGACCUGCUGAAAAGUGCCAGCUCCAGCAAGCACAACCUACGGGUCAGGGAGCACCCACGAGAUGGACCUUAUGUACAAGACUUAUCCAAACAUUCUGUGGCAUCAUAUGACGUUCUAAUGAACUUAAUGAAGAGAGGGAACUUGAACAGAACAACAGCAUCAACCAACAUGAAUGAUGUCAGCAGCAGAUCUCAUGCCAUUUUUACCAUCACAUUCACUCAGGCCAGAUUCCUGGAUGGGUUGCCCAGUGAGAGACAAAGUAAAAUCAACUUGGUCGACCUGGCUGGAAGUGAAAGAGCCGACAGCUCUGGUGCCACUGGUCUUAGACUGAAAGAAGGAGGAAGCAUCAACAAGUCACUUGUUAGCUUAGGCAAUGUCAUCUCAUUAUUGGCGGAGCGCUCAGAAAAUGGGGUGAAGAGUAAACCAAUGUUCAUCCCCUACAGGGACUCAGUCCUAACUUGGCUUUUAAAGGACAGUCUCGGUGGCAACGCCAAGACAGUCAUGAUCGCAACGGUGUCCCCAGCUGAUGUCAACUAUGGAGAGACACUGAGCACCCUGCGCUAUGCCAAUAGGGCCAAAAACAUUAUCAAUAGGCCAACUGUUAAUGAGGAUCCCAAUGUUAAGCUGAUCAGAGAGUUGAGGGAAGAGAUUGCACGCCUCAGAGCUUUGUUGGAAGGUAGUGGGGAUUCAUCACCUCGUGUCCAAGAAAAACUCCAUGAGAAUGAAGCCAGGGUGAAAGUGUUGACAGAAGAGUGGGCAGAGAAGUGGAAUGAAUCGGCCAGUUUGAUGAGAGAACAAAAGUUGGCCCUGCGUCAGACAGGGGUGGGCGUCAUCCUGGACUCCAAGCUGCCUCAUCUGGUGGCCAUUGAUGAGGAUCUCCUCAGCACAGGGGUCAAGCUCUACCAUCUCAAGGAGGGACUAACCAAGCUUGGAUCCUGCCAGUCAGACGAGCCUCAAGAUAUCACUCUGAGUGAUGAAGGCAUAGAAGCUGAGCACUGUGUCAUUGAGCACCGGGAUCAGGAGGUGGUGCUGCACCCCAUAGAGGGCGCUCGCUGUGCCAUCAACAACCACCUUCUGACACAGCCAACCCGCCUUCAACAAGGUAUGGUGAUCACCUUGGGGGAGAAGACCAUCUUCAGGUUCAACCACCCAGAACAAGCUAAAUUGAUGAAGAAAAAUCUGCAAAUACAAAAGUCUCUAUCUAGCACAAGUCUAGUGGAAGACAGGAAGUUGUCCUGCUCAAGCUUGACAGAAGACAGAAAGUUGUCAGCCAGACUCACCCUACUCAGCCAGUCCAUGACUGACCUCUACAGGUCUAAUGAAAGUCUCGCUCUGAGUGGGAAUGACAUCACAGCUUGCAGAGAGGACCAGGAGGAAAUUGAGCAGAAGAGAACAGAGAUUGAACAUCUAGAGCAGCAGUAUGUCAGACGUGAGGAUGAGAGAAGGGAGGAUGAGAGGCAGGUACAGGAGGAGUUGGAGGAGAAGAGGAGGAGACUUGAGGAGAUACAGGGAGAACUUUGCCAGUCCCAGAGUAAACCCUGUGUUAACAUCGAGGAGAGACUAGCCCAGUUGGACCAGCAGGAAGAUGAGUUGCUUGAGGAUUUGAAAAUCUCUAAGGACAAUUUACUCAAGGAGCUGGAAUCAGUUAGCUGGUACCCAGACCAGUUGACUGAAGAAGAUUCCAUCAGCCAGGUGGUCAGGGACCUGGAGCGUCAGCUGGCCCAGACAGACCAGGCCAUGGCACUGGCGGAGCAGCGCAAGUCUAAACUACAUCAGGACAAAGAUCAGCUGAGCCAGGAGCUGGGGCAGGUGAUGGACCACAGGCAGCAGCUGGCAGCCAGGUGGGACACAGAGAGGCGUUCUCUAGCUAGCAGCUGCCCACUGGUCAGUCAGGAGCUGGAGAGGUUUGAGAGGGAGAAGGCUGAACUGGCAGCCCAGCAGGCGCAGGUGGAGGCUAGCAGCAAGUGGCAGGAGGUGCUGGAGAACCUGCAAGAACAGAACAGACACAUCGAGGAGGCUUGGGCCGACCUCACAGAACAGGAGACCAGGUGUCAUAUGGCCCUACAGCUUGGGAACUUUUCCUCAGCUGAGGAGAAGCUGGAGAUGUUUGGGGAGCUGCAGCAGUUGAGGGAGGCCAGACAGCUCCUGGAGCUGGAGGAGAAGUCAUUUGUGGAGCUGCAGCAGCAGGAGAUGGCUGCAGUAGAGCAGGAGGUCGAGGCCUGGGAGCAGGUCAAGGUCAGACAACUGGGGCAGCUCCAAGCAGAGGAGGAAAAGUUCCUGCUGGACCAGAGCCACCAACUCAGGUGUCUAGCUCAGGACUUGAAGGCAGCUGACCUAAGGCAGCAGCAGCUCCAGCAAGCUUUAGCUCAGUUGAGCACGCCAGGUACACUUGAGGGAGAUGUCGACCUUCACCUAAAAGAUCUCUCAGAACAAAGGUCAAGGUUACUUGAGGAGAAAGUCAUCAUGGAAAAAAGAUGUGAUGAGAAAAAGUUGAAUCGCAAAGAAAAAAUGCAAGAGCUGGAAGUGGAGAUAGAGACCCUGGAAGAAAUGUACCAUAAAAAUUUGGAGGAGAUAAAGGAAGAAAAGAGAAAACUUGUUCUUUAUGGCAACCAGCAGGACAGCUCAUGUGCUACAGACAACAGACAGCAGGAGCUGGAGAUGAUGAGGGAAGAGCUUGAGGGCACAGUGCAAGUCUUGGAAGAGAAGCUCAAAGCUUUUCACCAAGAGAGGGACUCACAGCUUGACCAGAUAGAGUUUGAAAAGCUGAAGCUGUUGGAGAUGGAGAGACAGGACAGGUUGAACAGCCUGGUGGAGCAGGAAGUCAAGUGCAGGCUGUUUGAGGAGAAGGUAGAGAGAGAGAGACUUCGCAAGUUGGAGCGAGAGAGAGACAAGCAGGAGAGGGAGAGAGAAAUUGAGAGACUCAAAAGUUUACAUCAGAGGGAGAUGAGUUUACUGAGAGCCCAGUUGGAGUUCAGUGCUACAAAAUCAGCUGAGCUGCGUGUAACUAGGAGUCAGUCUUGUGAAACUGUGGCAACACAUGACAGAAAAACUUUGGUGAGACAGAUGAGUUGUGCUGUAGACAAGCAGUCUAUGUUGAGUAUUGAGAUCCCAACCUUUGUUCUACGUGGCAGUGGCCGUGACCUACAUUAUGAAUAUCUAGUCAAGGUGUCAGUAGGAAAUGAAGCCUGGUAUGUUUUUCGCCGCUACAGCAGAUUCAGGGAGAUGCAUUCAGCUCUCAAGAAAAAAUAUCCUUCAGUCAACCAGUUAAUUUUUCCACCCAGAAAAUUUUUCCACAAAAAUAAAAAAGUUGCUUUAGAGAGGCGGACGUUACUGGAGCAGUACGUUCGUCACGCUGUGGAGCUGUGUAUGAGAAUACCAGAGUGUCCACUCCACCCAUCCCAAAACAAAGAACUGACCAAGCAAGUGCUGGUGGACUUUGAACCUUUUUUUAGGAGAGGACUUUUUGAAACAGCCAGGAACUUGACCACAUGAUUGGUGCUUUUUUGUAUGUCAUAUGCUUCAGAUGACAUGUUAACUUGUGCUUCAGAUGACAUGUUGACUUGCAAUCUAAAUGAUUGGGUUGUGAUUUACAAUAUUCUUCUACAGCUGACAUUUUUCUCAAUUUGCAUUAAAAAUGUUUUUUGUUUUGGUAACUUUAAAAACCACACCACAGAUGGCCCCUAACACACCACCACAGAUGGCCCCUAACACACCACCACAGAUGGCCCCUAACACACCACCACAGAUGGCCCCUAACACACCACAGAUGGCCCCUGACACACAAUUCCACAGAUGGCCUCUAACACACCACAGAUGGCCCCUAACACACCACAGAUGGCCCCUAACACACCACAGAUGGCCCCUGACACACCACCACAGAUGGCCCCUAACACACCACCACAGAUGGCCCCUAACACACCACCACAGAUGGCCCCUGACACACCACCACAGAUGGCCCCUGACACACCACCACAGAUGGCCCCUGACACACCACCACAGAUGGCCCCUGACACACCACCACAGAUGGCCCCUGACACACCACCACAGAUGGCCCCUAACACACCACCACAGAUGGCCCCUGACACACCACCACAGAUGGCCCCUGACACACCACCACAGAUGGCCCCUAACACACCACCACAGAUGGCCCCUAACACACCACAGAUGGCCCCUGACACACCACAGAUGGCCCCUGACACACCACCACAGAUGGCCCCUGACAUACCACAGAUGGCCCCUAACACACCACCACAGAUGGCCCCUAACACACCACCACAGAUAGCCCCUGACACACCACAGAUGGCCCCUAACACACCACCACAGACACCAGAGUUUGACUGCUGUGGAUCAAAUGAUUGCUUGGACAUCUACUAGUGGAUCAAAUGAUUGGUUGGACAUCUACUAGAGGAUCUAGGGAAAGGUUACAGAUCAAAUAGAGUGCAAUAAAAAUUGGAAACAC